CUCCUAUAUUAGGGUUGGGGGACGCUUAACAGACGCCUCUCACUCUAUAUCCCUACUGGUGCGCUUGUCCCGGACGGCCGCCUCUGCAUUUUCUUCUCUCUACUCUGUCGUGGACUCGUAAUUUCUCGAGGAAAACUUCCUGUGCUAGGGAAAUAUUUAGAGACUAGUAAAGAUGGUGAAGUUCACAGCAGAUGAGCUACGCAAGAUUAUGGACUACAAGCAUAAUAUCCGUAAUAUGUCUGUUAUUGCCCAUGUUGAUCAUGGGAAGUCCACUCUUACAGAUAGUCUUGUUGCCGCUGCUGGAAUUAUUGCCCAAGAAGUUGCUGGUGAUGUUAGAAUGACUGAUACCCGAGCUGAUGAAGCUGAACGUGGUAUCACUAUUAAGUCCACAGGUAUCUCAUUGUACUAUGAAAUGAGUGAUGAUGCUCUGAAGAACUACAAGGGAGAGCGACAGGGCAACGAGUACCUCAUCAAUCUUAUUGAUUCUCCUGGGCAUGUUGAUUUCUCUUCUGAAGUCACGGCUGCUCUUCGUAUUACUGAUGGUGCUCUUGUUGUGGUGGACUGUGUCGAGGGCGUGUGUGUCCAAACCGAAACUGUCCUCAGACAGGCUCUCGGAGAAAGAAUUCGGCCAGUCCUGACAGUUAACAAGAUGGAUAGAUGCUUCCUCGAGCUCCAAGUGGAUGGGGAGGAGGCUUACCAAACAUUCCAGAGGGUCAUUGAGAAUGCAAAUGUCAUUAUGGCCACAUAUGAGGACCCCUUACUUGGGGAUGUUCAGGUAUACCCAGAGAAAGGUACAGUUGCUUUCUCUGCUGGUUUGCAUGGCUGGGCUUUUACUCUGACAAACUUUGCAAAGAUGUAUGCCUCCAAGUUUGGUGUUGAUGAGGCCAAGAUGAUGGAAAGGCUCUGGGGAGAGAAUUUCUUUGAUCCUGCCACUAAGAAGUGGACUAGCAAGAAUACUGGCUCUCCUACGUGCAAACGUGGUUUUGUUCAGUUCUGUUACGAACCUAUCAAGCAGAUCAUCAACACAUGUAUGAAUGAUCAGAAGGACAAGUUAUGGCCGAUGUUACAGAAGCUUGGGGUCACAAUGAAGUCUGAGGAGAAAGACUUGAUGGGAAAAGCAUUGAUGAAGCGUGUCAUGCAAACCUGGCUUCCUGCUAGUAGUGCUCUCUUGGAAAUGAUGAUAUUCCAUCUUCCUUCACCGGCUACUGCUCAAAAGUACCGUGUGGAGAACUUGUAUGAGGGGCCCCUUGAUGAUGCUUAUGCUAAUGCUAUCAGGAACUGUGAUCCUGAAGGACCACUUAUGCUGUAUGUGUCUAAGAUGAUUCCUGCCUCUGAUAAGGGUAGGUUCUUUGCUUUUGGUCGUGUAUUUUCUGGAAAGGUUUCAACUGGUUUGAAGGUCAGAAUCAUGGGUCCUAACUAUGUCCCGGGAGAAAAAAAGGACUUAUAUGUCAAGAGCGUCCAAAGAACUGUUAUUUGGAUGGGCAAGAAGCAGGAAACUGUUGAAGAUGUACCUUGUGGGAACACAGUUGCGAUGGUUGGGCUCGAUCAAUUUAUCACCAAAAAUGCAACCCUGACCAAUGAGAAGGAAGUGGAUGCUCAUCCAAUUAGAGCAAUGAAGUUCUCAGUCUCACCUGUAGUUCGAGUUGCGGUGCAGUGCAAGGUUGCAUCUGACCUGCCAAAGCUUGUUGAAGGUUUGAAGCGUUUGGCCAAGUCUGAUCCUAUGGUUGUCUGUACUAUUGAGGAAUCUGGGGAGCAUAUUGUUGCUGGUGCUGGAGAACUGCACCUUGAGAUCUGCUUGAAGGACUUGCAGGAAGAUUUUAUGGGGGGUGCUGAAAUUAUAAAAUCUGAUCCAGUGGUGUCUUUCCGUGAGACAGUUCUUGAGAGGUCAUGUCGUACGGUUAUGAGCAAAUCACCUAACAAGCACAAUCGUUUGUACAUGGAAGCCAGACCCAUGGAAGAGGGACUUGCUGAGGCCAUCGAUGAUGGGCGCAUUGGCCCAAGGGAUGAUCCCAAGGUUCGUUCAAAGAUCUUAUCUGAGGAGUUUGGUUGGGACAAGGAGCUUGCUAAGAAAAUUUGGUGCUUUGGUCCAGAAACCACCGGUCCAAACAUGGUGGUUGAUAUGUGUAAGGGAGUGCAAUACUUGAAUGAAAUCAAGGAUUCUGUUGUUGCUGGUUUCCAGUGGGCUUCAAAGGAAGGACCAUUGGCCGAAGAAAACAUGAGAGGCAUUUGCUUUGAGGUCUGUGAUGUUGUUCUUCAUGCUGAUGCCAUUCACAGAGGCGGUGGUCAAGUUAUUCCAACUGCUAGGAGGGUCGUCUAUGCCUCCCAGCUUACUGCAAAGCCACGUCUCUUGGAACCUGUUUACCUGGUGGAAAUCCAAGCCCCAGAGCAAGCUCUUGGUGGAAUUUACAGUGUGCUGAACCAGAAACGAGGACAUGUGUUUGAAGAAAUGCAGAGGCCUGGUACACCUCUUUACAACAUCAAGGCAUACCUUCCUGUUAUCGAAUCAUUUGGUUUCUCGAGUACCUUGAGAGCUGCAACAUCUGGUCAAGCGUUCCCUCAGUGCGUGUUUGAUCACUGGGAUAUGAUGUCCUCCGAUCCACUAGAAUCAGGAUCUCAGGCUGCUACUCUAGUAGCUGAGAUUCGAAAGAGGAAAGGUUUGAAGGAGCAGAUCACACCACUCUCUGAAUAUGAGGAUAAGCUGUGAGUUUGUUUUUGUUAGAUAAAAAGGGUUGCUUCACCCACUACACUUGUGCGCUAUCUGACUGUUUCUUCAUCUUUAAUUUGAUCUGUAUUUCAAUUUUGAAUGUACUAUGAAUUUUGCUGUUGAGUCGCAUUAAACUGUUGCAAGAGCAAGGAAAUAUUCCGUUUUUAGUUUCCUUUCUUUUUGCACUGGCCUUUUCAAAUUUCAUAAGCUAUCGUGUUAUUUUGCGUAAA